AUGGUGGUCGAGGCGCCCCCUCCCAAGCGUCGUGCCUCCGGCCUCCGGCGCAUCAAGGACCACCGUGAGUUGCGACCACACGUCGAUCCGCAGCCGGCCGGGCGACGCAUGGACGCCACUGGCGUGUAUCUUUCUCCAAUCAGGCAGCUCACGACGAACAUUAUCGAAACGUAUCGCAUAUGCAACCCGCAAUUCAGAUACGAGUCGACCCACAACCCGCGGCGUGUCCUGACAAAACCGAGCAAGCCUGUGCACAAUGAAGGGUUCGAUAAUGAGGACUACGACUAUAUCCUCUAUGUCAAUGACUGGCUGGGCACGGAUGAUAGUCACAAUAGGUAUCUCAUUCUGGACAUUCUAGGGCAAGGGACGUUCGGUCAAGUAGUCAAGUGUCAGAACAUGAAAACGCAUGAAAUUGUUGCGGUUAAGGUUGUCAAAAACAAGCCAGCAUACUUCAAUCAGAGUAUGAUGGAGGUUACAAUUCUUGAGCUGCUCAACAACCAAUGCGACCCUCACGAUGAGCACCAUAUCCUACGAUUGCGAGAUUCUUUUAUACACAAGAACCACCUAUGUCUGGUGUUCGAGCUGCUGUCCUCCAACCUCUACGAGCUCAUCAAGCAGAAUCAAUUCCAAGGUCUCAGCACUCAGCUGGUAAAGGUGUUCACCGCACAGUUGCUGGACGCCAUGACUGUCCUGAAAGAUGCACGUCUUAUUCAUUGCGAUCUGAAGCCGGAGAAUAUUCUCCUAAAAUCGCUUCAGUCUCCGCAAAUCAAAGUCAUUGACUUUGGCUCGGCGUGUCACGAACGGCAAACUGUCUACACGUACAUUCAAUCGCGGUUCUACCGGUCACCGGAGGUUCUGCUUGGGAUCCCGUAUAACGCCUCCAUCGACAUGUGGUCGUUAGGUUGCAUCGCUGUCGAGUUAUUCUUGGGUCUGCCGCUAUUCCCUGGAACGAGCGAAUACAAUCAAAUCACACGAAUAGUAGAGAUGCUUGGCAAUCCACCGCAGUACAUGUUGGACAUGGGCAAACAGACGAGUCAAUUCUUCAACUGCACUGUGGAUGUUUAUGGGCAAAAGCAGUACAAGCUGAAGAGUCUUGAGCAGUACUCGAGGGAGCACAGUACGAACGAGCAACCGGGUAAGCAAUACUUCAAGGCGAACUCGUUGCCGGAGAUCAUCCAGCAAGCCCCGAUGCCUUCGUUCAAAUCUUCACCGCGGCAAGCCCACGAAAUUGAGAAAGAAAUGAACAACCGAGCUUCCUUCAUAGACUUCUGCCAAGGGCUUCUCAAUAUGAACCCAAUCGAAAGGUGGUCGCCGCAGCAGGCAAGAAUGCAUCCGUUCAUCACCGGAGAAAAAUGGUCAAAGCCGUGGACGCCUGCCGGGCAGCCCUCGCAGCAAAUGAGCCCGCCGGCGAGUACAGGCCCAGAUCCGAAGCGACCGUACGGGGGUCUGGUACCGUCCCAGCCGAAAGGCACCAGAGCGUAUCAGGAUGCGGCCUCGUACAAUCAGCAUCUCGCACAGCAUCAGGCAUAUACCGCGCAGGCCCAGGCCGCUUCACAGGCGGCACAGAAUGUGUACCGUAAUCCCUACAUCACGCCCACGAAUUCGCAAACAAACUCGACUUACACGAGUCCGCCGGAGAAUGCCAGCGCGAAUGCGACCGCACAUGCGAGCUUCCCCUCCCAGCAGCAGCUCGCCCCGUCGUCUUCGCAGCAGACAUCCCACCGGAGCCUUACUCACCAAAGCUCGCACGGGCAGCUGAAUGUCAACACCAACGUCGCGUACGCGGUGGCCGGCGGCGGGGGCUUUGGCAGCCAAGCGCACAUGAGCCCCACCGCUCCGGCUAACUCGUACUACUCUGGCACCCGCAACCGUUCCAACACGAUCAACCCUAUGAUGGACAAUAUACCUCCGGCGUUGGCGCGACUGCAGCACAUGAAUCAGGACGUUAUCGGCGGGCGGAAGGCACUGACACCUGUCCUCAAGCGGGAUGACGCGAUGCGAGAGUGGGAGCGCCGACAAGCGGGUAAGCCGGCGGCCGCGCAACCCUAUCCUCAGUUGGAAUUUUUGCAACAGCAGGCGGAGCUGGCGGCUGCGCAGGGCUAUACCAGCUGGGGACACUCGGGUCCGUCGGCGCGCUAUCAGCAACAGCAGCCAACGUCCAGCCUUGCGCACUCACACUAUCCGUCGAACUCCAUGGUUGUCGACGAGGACAGGCGAGAGGCCAUCUUGUCCAACGUACGGUCCGCGGCGCGAGCAGAUCCCUCAAACAACCUGUUUAGUGCGACGUCAAACGUCAUUCCGAGUCCACCGCAAACCUACGCGAGUAACUCCACAACGACGGGUAACCGCUUCGCCGCAACGUACUCUCAGCAGCAACAGCAGCAACAAACCCCUACGUCGCCAUUUGACUCACUCGAUCGGCGGACAGACAUCGGUACCCUCUACGUCCCCAUGCAACCUGACCAGUUCGGCCCAUACAACCAGACAGCAGCCCCCACACAACACGGAAACGCAACUCGUCAGCCGGCGCCUCCGGCGCACGCCGUUCCACCGUCGUUCUACGGCGCCGUGCCGCCCAACAACAACAACAGUCAGCAGCGCAAUCCGUUCGCGACAGACUCGCUACCCAACUCUCAGGGACAAGCGAGCGUAAAGGACAGUCGUAGGAAGAGUGGCAUGGACUUGUGGCCACAAUAA